AUGACGAAUCACGUCCAAAUUACUACGACCCCGACGGCGGACACGGGCGGCAGCUUGCUGUUGCACUUUGACCAUCGGAGGUAUCUCUUUGGACAUCUGUCAGAGGGUACGCAAAGAGCGUUGGGUCAGCGCAAGGUCGCCAUGGCAAAGUUGGAAAACAUGUUCAUGUCUGGUCAAACGAAAUGGGAAUACACUGGUGGGAUGAUUGGCAUGAUGCUCACAGUCGCCGACGUCCUCGAGGGCAGUCGGAAGGAGAUUGAGGCUCAGAACCAGGCCAGGAAGCAGUCCCAGAAGGCGUUGCUGGAGACGAAGGGCCCUGAGCGCAUAGAGAUUCAUGGAGGCCGCAACCUUACCUACAGUCUCGCCACGGCAAGGUAUUUCGUCUUCAGGAAGGGCAUGCCCAUCCAUCCCGUUGAAUGCCAUGACGAUCCAAGGAUUGCCAAUCCCGAAGCCACCAACCCUGACUGGGAGGAUGAUGCCAUUCAGGUCUGGAAAGUCCCUGUUGUUGCCGGUGAGCCUCAGGCUAGGUCGCGUAAGAGGAGCCAUGAGGUCAUGGCUGCUGAGGAUGAGCAAGUGGCGUCUGAUCACACGACCCAGCCCACGCUGGCUCCACAAGAACACGAAAGGCUCAAUCGCGAAGGUGUCGCUGCUGUGGUGGAAGACAUGUUCAACUCGGACUGGAGCAAGGAUACUCUUUGUGAGACGAAGCUGCACAAUGUUUCCCUCCCCGCCACUAUUUUCGUGAGAAAGAAUGGGCAAAUUGAGAGGUACAAGGGACCUCUGCCUGGCGAUAAGGGGCCCGUCCCCGAUAUCGAUGUUCUCGUGCGAUUCCCCUGGCCCGCCACUAAAGUCGUACGUCUUCCAAGCCCGAAGCAACCAUCCGAUAUGUCUGUUUGUUAUAUUGUCAAGAACAGAGGUCGUCGAGGAAAGUUCAAUCCGCAACUCGCCAAGCAAUAUGGCAUCAAGCCAGUUGAGUUCAAGCAUCUAGCAGCUGGAAAGACUGUCAAAGGUGCAGAUGGUGUCGAUGUGACACCUGACAUGGUGUUGGGUGAGCGAAUCAAGCCAUGCGGGUUUGCGUUGGUUGAUAUCCCAAGCUUGUCGGCAGUGGAAUCUUUUCUUGCAAGGCCAGAAUGGAAGAACUCUACCCUGAUGGAAAAUGUGCCCAUCUUCUACUGGCUUCUCGGUCCGACUGUCAUCGACGAUACCCGCAUUCAAAGCUUCAUGAGGGAGAGGCCUGAUGUGAACCACAUCGUCCUGGCCCCACAGACAAGCCCAAACAUGGUGACUAUAGAGUCUUGCGCCAUUUUGUUGGCAAAGCUACGACGAAUCGACCCAGACCGCUUUCCUCUCCUCAACUUUGACAACAGCGUUCGAGACCUGUCUUUCAUUGGCCCGAAUGUACAAGCAGGCCGCGUCGGUAUGAAGACGAUGCUCUCGCCGAGCUUCAGCAUGAAAGAUGACGAAAUUCUUCCGUUCCCGACGUUUGAAGAAGCCGGUGCAAUUCCGGAAGAAGUCCUGGCACUCGCGGAUGAGGCAAAGGCCGCGAUCAAAGAGCCCAAGUUUAUGGCGGAGGUUCAGCAAGUUGAGAAGGACAUCCCCAACAGAGACGCCGAAAUUAUACCCCUCGGUACUGGGUCCGCUCUGCCAUCCAAGUAUCGCAAUGUUUCUUCGACACUCAUUCGUGUGCCGCAAUAUGGCAACUACAUUCUUGACGCUGGCGAAAACACAAUGGGUCAGCUGCGACGAGCUUUCCCUGCUGACGAACUAGUCCAGAUUCUUCGGAAUCUUCGUUGCAUAUUCAUUAGCCACAUGCACGCAGACCACCAUCUUGGCACAGCGAGCCUACUGCGUGCAUGGUGCGACGCCACCGAACAUAUCAGCCCUCAACCCAGGCUUGUUAUCUACUGCCCCGUGAGUAUGCAUCUGUUUCUGCAGGAGUAUGGUCGCAUUGAAAAUAUCCAAACUGUAAACGGUCGUCGCAUCGAGGCUCGCAAUGUUGUUUGGCCCAAGGACGACGCCAAACUACCCGAGGACGACCCAACGAGGCUCGCCUCUGCCGUCCUCGUCCCCGUCAAACACUGCCAAAACUCCUACGCUCCCGUCUUCACCUUCCCCUCGGGCCUGAAGAUCGCCUUCUCGGGCGACUGCCGGCCCAGCGAUUCGCUCGUCAAGGCCGGCAAGGGCGCCACCCUCCUGAUCCACGAGAGCACCUUCGACGACGACAAGAAGGGCGACGCCAUCGCCAAGAAGCACUCCACCAUGUCCGAGGCCCUCGACGUUGCGUACCGCAUGGGCGCCCGCCGCGUGCUUCUCACGCACUUCUCGCAGCGCUACGCGAAGGUCCCCAUCGCCGAGAAACGGGAGACCGCGGACGGCUCCGACCAGGCCGUCCUGCUUGCCUUUGACCAGAUGCGCGUUAAGCUGGGCGAGUUCCGCCAGGCUCAGAAGUUUUUGCCUGCGAUCAGACGUUACUUUGAGUUGACUGGUGCGGAUUAG